AAAAACACUUUCAUUAUAUAUACUAUAAAUUUACCAUAUUUUUUCAAGAUAUGAUUUUCGUUGUAAUGGCCAAACCAUCGCGCCAAGCUAUAACAGCACAAGUUGCGCAGAGACUCCUCCACCACGAAUACAAGUUUCUUCAAGAACACCUCUCCGACAGGAUUGCUGCGAUAUCGCGGCUCGUUUACACCACAAACAGCCAAAAAGUCCUUUGCCAUGAGGAUAAGCAUUUUACGAUGUCGUAUAGCGACUCGCACGGCCAAGUUUAUAUGCCUCGCGCCGCGACGCACGGUAGCCACCAUCGCCGGCCGGUCUUACAAUGACGCUGUUGACGCGUUAAAUUCUUUACAAACGCCUUUUGCCUUGAUUGAGGCCAGGCGAAAGGCCGGCAUUCGCCACGAUGAAGCUGCCAUGGCGGAAAUGCAGACAUAUCUCAAACGCAUCGGCUACUCACCUGAUGAUUUAAAUAGUAUCAAUAUUGUGCACGUAGCUGGGACAAAGGGCAAAGGCAGCACGUGCGCCUUUAUUGAUUCUAUUCUGGGCCAGUGUCGAGAAAAGCAAUUGUCGCUGCGCAAGUCGGGUCUCUUCAUAUCGCCGCAUCUUAUAUCAGUGCGCGAACGCAUACGAAUCAACUCAAAGCCGAUAUCAGAGUCUUUGUUCGCAAAAUACUUCUUUGAAGUCUGGGAUCGACUCGGAAACUCCACGGUGGACGCCAGCGCCGUCCCGCUAGGAACGCGGCCUCUCUAUGGGCGGUAUCUUACUCUGAUGAGUUGGCAUGUCUUUAUACAAGAGGGCGUAGACGUGGCAGUCUAUGAGACAGGCCUAGGAGGGCAAUUUGACGCGACAAAUCUCGUGUCAAAGCCGCUCGCAACAGGUAUCACGACGCUCGGAAUUGAUCAUGUUCAGGUGUUGGGACACACUAUUGAAGAGAUUGCUUGGCACAAGGCUGGUAUCAUGAAGACAGGCAGCCCGGCAUAUACAGUCCCACAGCUACCGGCUGCCAUGGGAGUUUUGGACAAGGUCGCUGCCGAGAGAGGAGUUGACAUGAAGAAGCUUGAACUGGACACGCGGCUGGCAGGUGUAAAAGUGCAACCUGAUGCCGAAUUUCAAAAGAUGAACGCGUCGCUAGCUAUUGCGCUGGCAGAAGAGGCUCUGAAAAAGACCCAUGCUCUUGGAUUUUCCGCAGAUCCUCUACCUACUGAGUUUGUGGACGGCAUUGAGCAGACGGUGUUCCGAGGCCGCUGUGAAGUCAAGACGGAGCGCGCGGUCACAUGGUACAUUGACGGCGCGCAUACCUCUGAUAGCCUUCGAGUUUCGUCAGAGUGGUUUGCGACGGAGGCAAAUAAAAGGUAUGGUAUUGCAACCAUAGCGUAUAUCUGACACCUGUACUAAUUUGUGAUGAUAGUCCGGGGCCCAGAGUUCUCAUCUUCAACCAACAAGGCCGCUCUGAAGCGGUUGAUUUCCUCGAACCACUAUUCAACGCCAGCAAAAGACCGUCUGAUGGAACUGAAAAGCGACCGCUUGCCUUCGAUCAUGUUGUGUUUUGUACCAAUUUGACCUACGCUGACGUAGGAUACAAGCGAGACUUUGUGGACAAGCAGGUCGACGCAAAAGAAGUUGAGCAGAUGACCGUGCAGCAUCGCUUUGCAGAGAAGUGGUCCUCGCUAGAUCCAACGGCUGAUGUGCGCGUCAUCCGCAGCAUUGAAGAAGCGCUGGCCUUUGCCAGAAGUGUUGGGCAAGAUCUUGAGCCUGGCCACAAAGUCCAAGCUUACGUCACGGGAAGUAUACACUUGGUGGGAGGCGCUCUGGGCAUAUUGGAAAAUGUCAGCGCUUUGUAAUUUAACUGUUAAAAUAUAUGUACAUAAAUCAGCCCUCAAACCAAAGCGUCUGGCUCAAUUUCUAAAAGUGUGGUACCGACAAGGCGCAUACUUCCAGUGACCAAAACCGAAGAAUCUUUUGUCGUCGAUUCUCUAGCACUGGCGAUGGCCUGUGAUAAGCUCUCGCAUACUUCGACGGCACAGCUUGGUGAUAGUCUUUGCAUAGCGUCAGCUCCCAUCUGCUGCAGACUCAAGUCGCGAUCGCCUUCUUCAGCCGUUGCGGCGAGUUGUUCAUUUGGCGUGAAGAUGGCUCGGCUGACGACGUCUGGUCGUUGGGUUUCCACUUGGAUAGCCUCCAUCAGCACAGUGAGCAGCUCGGUGAUGUUGCGUUCCUGAACGUUGAAUAUCAGGCUGAGCGACUCAUUAGGACGAAUAGUUUGAGCGAGCCAUUUUGCGACUUGCUGAAGCGAUUCUUUGGUAUGAGCUCCAUCAAGCAACCAUCUGAUAUUGUCUUGCUGCAGAACUUCACAUCGUCCACGGAUGCGAGCCUCCUUUAACCCAGUGACCAUUGUGUCUGGGAUGCUCUUCAAGGAGGAAACGGGCUCAGUGUCCAUGCCGAGAUGUGCCUUGACAGCCAGCAAUGCCAAUGCUUGGUUGCUUUUCUGGAAGUCUCCUUGCAGAAUACCGCGCACCCCAUCCCAGGCUGACAAUACGUCUUCUUCAAGUUCAAUUAACUCUGCGCCCUUCUCUUCUGCUCUCGACCUUAAGACGCGCAUCACCCCCGGUUGUGAAGGCGAAGCAACUGUGAAGCCCUUGACACCUUUCUUAAACACGCCAGCUUUGUGCCAGGCAAUCUCCUCCACCGUUUCUCCCAGCAUGGCGACGUGAUCAAUUCCAAGCUGUGCGACGACAGCAGCAGAGACAGCAUCUGCUGGCAAGAUGUUUGUGGCAUCAUGCUCGCCACCAAUACCGCAUUCCAUCACGACGCUCUUUAUGCCCUGCUGAAGAAAAAUAUGCCAUGCUAAUAUGGCGAGGAAGCGGAAGUAGAAGGGCUUUGAAUCAGGCCCAUGAGCAAAGUCUUGGCUCUUGCCCUCGGCCAAGGACGAUUGUGUGUAUCUGUCCCAGAGGUUGAAGAAGGACGCCGUAAAGAGCUCCUGGCUGAUGGGCUCCCCAUUUAGCGCAAUUCGCUCUCUUGGACUGGUGAGAUGCGGGCUCGUAAAGGUUCCAACAUCAGUGUAUCUUUUCAGAAUAGAGGUUGCAAACGCGCAUACAGAGCCUUUUCCUUUGGUGCCUGCGACGUGGAUGUGGCGCAUGCGUGCCAGAUCUUGUGUAGAGUAGCCUGCGCGUUUGAGAGCGUCGAUAGUUUCGGGAAUUGAUCUCGAGUUGAGCGUUGAAAGAUUGGAGCUGUUUUGUGUCUCAAAGAGAAUGGUCAUCUUGCGAUUUGAAGCGAGUAGAUUAAGACACUCCAGAGCAUCUGCGUAAGAGCGAGAACCUGUGUGGAGGGCACGUCGACGACCAUGAUGAUGGCUGCCUAUGGAGCGGCUUGUCGUACUUGCCAGAAUUGAUAAUAUUGAUCUUGACGCAUACCGACAGCGUACAGACUGAAGCUGAAGUGAAGUCGCCAUGAUGAUUUUUCUUCUUGGCCUGCGCUUACAAGUUGUUGAUGUAGAUGUAUCGUGCGGAGUGAUGCAGGUCAGCUGUGGGGAAAGUGUUCGCGUGCCUGACGUUACC